AUGUAUUCUUCACCGCUGCUUAGUCGUUCAACAGGAUUUGGACCUUCAAUGGACACGGCUCCUUUGGACAACAGCUCAUCAAUGUCGACUAACAAAUUUGUUGCUGAUAACCAGGGCGAUGCUGCAAAAGCACCAUCGUUUCUCUUCGGUCAAAAACGGCGGUCAGUGGCUCCUGGAGCUCCUUCAUGUAAGGGUCUUAAAUUGUAA